GCACAACCUGCCUUUGACCCAAAACUGAAGGGGAAAAGCCCCCUCUUCUUCUUCCCUCUCCAGUCCUUCUCAGUCCACCCUCCGAUUUCACUUCGAUUUUGUCGAGAAGAAUCUCAGCUCCAUUUCAGAGCAACACACAUAUUUAUAUACCCGCAUACACACAUAUUGAUGGAUCGGAGGAGACCUGCGAGUCCGGUGUACUCGCGGCAGUGGAGCGGAGGUUCGAGCAGCCCGGGGUCUUCUCCGGCGAUGUCUCCGGCGCACCCUCAUUCUCGUCUUAAUCCGUCCGUCACCGGAAUCUCCACUGUCAAGCGAAAUCAAAACGUCGCCGCCAAAGCCGCGGCACAGCGGCUGGCUCAGGUCAUGGCUUCUCGGGCCACCGGCGAUGACGACGACGACGACGACGAUCUCGGGUUUCGGUUUGCUCAGCCGCCUCAUGCACCUUCUUCUCUGUCCGGCAAUGGUUUUAAUAACGGUGCAAAGGCUCUUCCUGCGAUUUCAGUGACUCGGCCUAAUAGAUCUCCGUCUCCUGCGUUAGGUCGGAACUUUGUAGAGCAUACAACCUCAGUUCGUUCCACAUCAGCAGGAAGACCCUCUAUGUCUGUUCGUUCAUCGACGGUAGUGCCACCCAGCAAAUCCUCGGUUAGAACUCCAAUAGCCAUACCUCCAAUUGAUCCUCCUUCUAGUAGAAACAGAGAUAAAAGGUUUAUGCCAGAUAUUGGACAGUUCAACUCAAUAGCCCCAGGAGAUGAGCGUGAAGCUUCUGAGCUUCGUGAUCGACUUGAUAUGCUACAAGAAGAUCAUGAGAUUGCACUUGAGAAGCUUCGCCUUGCUGAAGAAAGACAUGCGCAAGCAGAGGCCAGAGCUAAGGAGCUUGAGAAACAGGUUGCUAACCUUGGAGAAGGUGUAAGCAUGGAAGCUAAAUUGUUGAGCAGGAAGGAAGCAGCUUUGCGUUCAAGAGAGGCUGCUCUCAUCGCUGCGAAACAAAACAAGGAUGGGAAAGAUGAGGAAAUUGCAACUCUUCGUUCAGAAAUUGAGAACUUAAAAGAUGGUGCUGCAGCAGCAGUCGAGCAUCUCCGAGAAGCAGAAUCUGAAGCAAAGUCUCUUCGCUCAAAGACACAAAGAAUGAUUUUAACGCAAGAAGAGAUGGAGGAAGUUGUUCUGAAGAGAUGUUGGCUUGCUCGCUAUUGGGGUUUAGCAGUGCAGUAUGGCAUAUGUGCAGAUAUAGCCUUGUCGAAGCAUGAGCAUUGGUCAUCUUUAGCUCCUCUUCCGUUUGAAGUCGUCAUUUCUGCUGGACAAAAGGCAAAGGAAGAUUCUUGGGAUAGAGGUAGUGAUGACCCAGAUAGAAGUAAGAUAGUUCGGGAUUUAAGUGACCUCACUGGCGAAGGAAAUAUUGAGAGUAUGCUUUCAGUGGAGAUGGGUUUGAGGGAAUUAGCUUCUCUAAAGGUUGAGGAUGCUGUUGCGCUUGCAUUGGCCCAACGUAGACGUCCAAAUUCUGUUCGGCAGUCUGGUUUAGAUUCCAAAUCACCUGGUGACCCAAAAUUUAUGGAGGCAUUUGAUCUUAGUGAAGAAGAGGUUGAAGAUAUUUCUUUCAAAGUGGCUUGGCUCACUUACUUUUGGAGAAGAGCUAAAGAACAUGGUGUGGAGGAGGACAUCGGAGAAGACAGGCUUCAGCUUUGGAUAAGCCGCAGUGCACAGACACCAACUUGCCACGAUGCCGUGGAUGUGGAGCGUGGUUUAUAUGAGCUGAGGAAGCUGGGGAUAGAACAGCAACUUUGGGAAGCAUCCCGUAAGGAGAUCGAUCAGCCCAUCUCAGUUUCUAGUAAUCAUAAAUCUGCUGCAGAUUUUGACACCUCUUCAUGAUAGAUGCUGCCGUCAGAUUGUUGCUUAUAUUAUAUAUCAAUUCUUUUUUUCUUUUUUAUACUUUUUCUUUACAUGAAAUUCGAGUGCAAACUGUAGAAUCUCUCUCUCUCUCUCUCUCUCUCUCUCUCUCUCUGUAUCUGAAGAACUAGAAUCCGCUGUAUAAUUAUGGGAUUGUAUUACGGAUCACUCCAUUUUUUCGUGUAAUCAAAUCCACUUCUUUUUCUCCUUGUGAGGGUUUGCAAA